UCAACCAAUCAGCGCCCUCUGGCACGGUUCGUUCGUUCCCAGGUUCGGUGGAGAAGAAAGGGGGACGAGCGAGGCGUAGUAAGCACAGCAGGUCGCAUCAGCUGUUUGGUCCUUGCUUAUUAAUAAGUUCCGCCUAUCAACACGCCCAUAUCCCGCUAAUAAAUAUCGACCACCACAGCUCACAGAGGCCAGUUCUCUGCUUCUCUCUUCCUGCUCCUGUCGCCUGUUUCCCGGACGGAGGAGCCCACCACCCCAUCUCUACCGCUGUCAGAAGACCAUGGAGACAGAAAUCGAACAGCAAGAGGACUCUUCAUUCAGCAACACAGAGACCAACGGUAAGCGCCCUGCUGAGGAUGCAGAUGAGCAGAAAUCAUUCAAGCGCUCCAGGAACUCGGACGAAAUGGUUGAGCUUCGCAUCCUCCUGCAGAGCAAAAAUGCAGGAGCUGUAAUUGGGAAAGGUGGCAAAAACAUCAAAGCCCUCCGUACAGACUACAAUGCCAGUGUGUCAGUCCCAGACAGCAGUGGGCCUGAGCGCAUCCUGAGCAUCAGUGCCGACAUCGAGACAGUCGGAGAAAUCCUGCUCAAAAUUAUCCCGACACUGGAAGAGUACCAGCAGUACAAUGGCAUGGACUUCGACUGUGAGUUGCGUCUCCUCAUCCAUCAGAGCCUCGCCGGCUCCAUCAUCGGCGUCAAGGGUGCCAAGAUCAAGGAGCUCCGGGAGAACACAAAGACCAGCAUCAAGCUGUUCCAGGAGUGUUGUCCUCAGUCGACAGACCGGGUGGUCCUGGUUGGCGGGAAGACGGAGCGCGUGGUGGAGUGUAUCAAGACUAUGCUGGAGCUCAUCGCCGAGGCUCCCAUUAAGGGCCGCGCACAGCCCUACGACCCCAACUUCUACGACGAAACCUACGAGUACGGUGGCUUCACUGUGAUGUUUGAGGAGAGGGGAGGUGGUCGCAGGCUUAUGGGAGGGUUCCAGAUGCGCGGGGGAAGGUCCAGCGGUGGGGACCGCGGCUUUGACCGAAUGCCCUCAAGCAGAGGGGGGCGAGGACCCCCGCCUCCCUCCCGUCGGGACUACGAAGAGAUGAGCCCUCGCCGUGGUCCCCCUCCGCCCCACCCGAGCAGGGUCGGUGGCCGGGGGAGCGCCCGCGGUCGCAACAUGCCAAUGGGUCACCCACACAGAGGAGGAGAAGACCGUUACUAUGACUCGUACCGCGGCUCUGAUGAAAGGUCAAAUGACAGAAGAGGCAGACCGGAUCGCUAUAGCGAUAACAUGAGCGGAGGAGGAUAUGACAACAGCUCCUCCUGGGAUAGCUACCCGUCAAGUGGACGUGGCUCCUACAGUGACAUGGGUGGGCCUGUCAUCACCACACAAGUGACCAUCCCCAAAGAUCUGGCUGGCUCCAUCAUUGGAAAAGGAGGCCAGCGAAUCAAACAGAUCCGCCACGAGUCUGGAGCCUCCAUCAAGAUCGACGAGCCUCUGGAAGGUUCUGAGGACCGAAUCAUCACCAUCACUGGCACCCAGGAUCAGAUCCAGAAUGCCCAGUACCUUCUACAGAACAGGCAAGUUCUGACACAGCAUCAGUUCUUAUGAGCCUGCGUCUUUCUAGAGUGUGAAGCAGUACUCUGGUCAUUUGCUGUAGACCCAGGAGACUAAGAUUGAAGCAGGCUCAGAUUUCCCCCCACCCACCCCCGAAACCUCCGAACCCCUGACCCUCUCUGCCCUUAUCCAACAUAUCCCCUUCAGACUAUUACUCUGGAUUGUGGGUUUCUUUUUUUGAAUUUUAUUUUUGUAUUUUUUAAUGAAAUAAAUGUCCAACAUUCCUGUGCAUAAAACAAAAAGUAGAUGUUCUGCAUUUUUAAGAGUGUAGUCCAUUUAGUUUAUCAGAUACACUUUUUUUUUUCUUCUAACAUUUAAAUCUAUCAGAUUAUUCUUCAGUCUCCUGACAGACAAAAAGAAACAUAACCUUUAUUUUUGAUGGUUUUGUUUUUUUUAAUAACGUGUGUUUGCGUCUCCGGCUUAGAUCUGUCCCGUGUGUAGCAUGUGUGCAUGUUGGCGUGUGUGUAUUGGUUUGCUUUCUGUUGUCUCUUUGGGUCCGUUCACACAGUUUCCACACAUUAACAUUAGCACCAUGCAGAAUGUAAGAUGUUUUCUUUUCACAUUGAACCAGUAUGAUUUAGUUUUGUUUGUUUGCGUUUCUUUUUUUUUUUUUUUUGUGGAAAGAUUUGUGGGAAAUUUUACCCGCCAGAAAGAAUUUUGGGAUGUUUAAGUUUUGACUGUUGUACAAACCGGGGUACGGGACAGUCUCAUUUGUAAGAAUAUUCAGAAUAUACUGUGGUAGUUGUGUGACAAAAACCAAUCUGAAACAUUUGAAUAACUCAUCACAAACAGAAAUGUGUAGCUAGAGGUUUUCUUGGCGUUUUAUUGGAGAUUUGACCAAUAUUGAACGUAUCUAUCUGUCCCUGUAAUUUCCUGUAAUCUACACUUGUUUUCUCUCCAUGCUGUAGACUUCACAUUGUCAAAUUGUAAAAUGAAUAAAGAUGGUGCCACUUUUUACUGAA